AUGUCCUUUAGAGCCAUCUUUCUGGCAGCCUGGGCUGUGGCCAUGGGAAGGACUGUGGCUGUGGCUGAGUAUGGCAGGUGUGGACAUGGCUGUCAACCAUCUUGCUCUGCCAGGUAA